AGGUCCAACCAAGAGGUUUUUCUUUUUCCUAUUUAAUCGCCCCUGUUGCCAUGGUGAGGGCAGGACCAUGAGGGAUUAUUACCACAAAAAAAUGUAAUUUCAAGAUGGAGCAAUAAUAAGACCAUUAGCCUGAAGUGGCGUAUUGGCUGAAUGAUGUCAUGUUCUAUGCAGGACAGACACAGACAGUAUGCCUGAACAUGGCUAGAAUAGCAGGAAAUUCCUGGGACUCGAGGACAAUGAGUAGGAUGAAGAUCAUGCAGAAAAAUCUGAUGAAGAGGCUAGCAGCUCGCCGCUAUGCUGGUUUGCUAAUUCUCUCCCCUCCAGCUGCAGCCGCAGCCCAUCCAGCUACAACCCAUUCUGAUCCACAGAGUCAGACUGCAGACUGCAGCCAGAACGGGGCCUUGGAGGACAUGGAGGAGGACAUCAGCCUAAAGAAACGGAAAGGUGAUCACCAUGGCGACAAAGACUCUGAGUCCCGAGACUCCGGCCAGGAGGCUGGAGGUGAAAAGGUCAAGAAACGCCGAGGUCGACCUCCGGCAAAGAAACUGCCCCCCAACCCUCCCGAGCUCACCAAGCAGCUUAACACACUGGUGGACAUGGUUAUCAACUACAAAGACGGGUUGGGCCGUCAGAUCAGCAAAGGCUUUGUCCAGCUGCCUUCUAGGAAGGAGGUGCCAGAGUACUACGAGUUGAUCCGCAAGCCUGUGGACUUCAGGAGGAUCAGGGAGCGUGUGCGCAAUCACAAGUACCGGAGUGUGGGAGAUCUGGAGAAGGACAUCAUACUGCUGUGUCACAAUGCCCAGACCUUCAACUUGGAGGGAUCUCAGAUAUUUGAGGACUCAAUCGUUCUCAAGUCUGUUUUUGAGAGUGCACGACAGAGGAUCGUCAUUGACGAUGAGGAGAAAAAGGACAGCACUGCCAUCUGUGACGAUGGAGGUCGAGACAAUCACUUUGGUUCAUCAGAAGUGAAAACGGUGACAAAGCAGGUGAAACAGAGGAUGAAGAAAGAAGAGCGGAGCAGAAAGAUGAAGGUCAAGAAGACAGUCUACAGUGAUGUAGACAGCGAUGAGGAUCUGGAGGACAAUACAGCUAAAGAUGAGGGUUGACCUGGAGGACCAAUGCUCAUUAAUUUAUCCUCUUUCUUUCUCUCCGCUGUCACUGUUUUUGCAAUGCAGCUUAUUAGUUCUCACCUUGAUAAAGAUUUGUCUCAUCUCAAGUCAAGAAGGCUACUCAAAGAAAGGAAUUUACAUACCUAAUGAUGUUGGUCCUCAAGUAAUUCAUGCAGCCUUAAACUUUCAUGUCUCUUUACUAUUAUUUUGCCUUUUUGUUCUUUGGGAUUUUAUGGUGUUGCUCUCUUGGUCCUCAUAUUGAAGCUAUUGUGUGUAUCCUUAAUGCUUAACCGGAGGUUAUCUCCACCCUCUUUUUUCAUUAAUUGUUUUUGUAUUUGAAAAUAUUAUUACUGUAUGUGUGAAAUGCCUUCAUACGUCUUGGAGCAUGAUGAUGUAUUUCUGCUAAGACGGAGACCGCCCUCAGAGAGUGGCGCAUGUUGAUGACAUCAAUAUAUGUUGUGUUACAGGUGUGGGAGAUGGCAGAAAAUGGUUGGUCAGUUCUUCAAUAUGACUAGGAUGGACACUACUGGAUUGUUUCAAAUCUCAAAAUGUGUGGAUUUAAAAUGAAAUAUGAUUCUGUAAUAAAACUCCAAAUGGGAGAAUUGUA